ACCAAACCCGUUGGUAUGUUGAAUGAAAAAUGUGCCCAGAAAGAACUUCCACCUGAGAUGGAGGACAGAGGACACUGGGCGAGCAAGGUGGAGUUUCUCCUGGCCGUGGCUGGAAAUGUUGUCGGACUCGGCAACGUCUGGAGGUUUCCUUACCUCUGCUACAAAAACGGAGGGGGGGCAUUCUUGGUGCCAUACCUGGUUUUUGUGGUGACCUGUGGCGUACCUCUGUUCCUGCUGGAAACAACCAUGGGCCAGUACACACAGGAGGGCGGCAUCACCUGCUGGAGGAAGCUGUGUCCACUUUCAGAAGGUAUAGGCUUUGGAGGGCAGCUGAUCCUCUUCUACAGCUGCAUGACGUACAUCAUUAUUCUGUCCUGGGCUUUGCUCUAUUUCGUCUUCUCCUUCAGCUCCCAGCUCCCCUGGGCUAGUUGCGACAACUCCUGGAACACAGAGGACUGUGUGGACUUUUCAACAAACAGCACCUUCCAGUGGACCAACAGGACUAAUUCCACCUCAGCGGCCACAGAAUUCUGGGAACGGCGUGUCCUGGCUAUCUCAGGGGGAAUUGAGGAGGUGGGCAGCAUCAGGUGGGAGGUGCUGUUGUGUUUGAUUGUACUCUGGAUCAUUUGCUACUUCUGCAUCUGGAAAGGAGUAAAGUCCACAGGAAAGGUGGUGUACUUCACUGCCACCUUCCCAUAUGUAAUGUUGCUAAUCCUUUUGAUUCGAGGACUAACUCUUCCCGGCGCCCUGGAAGGAGUCGUUUUUUAUCUUCUUCCAGAACCGUCACGACUCACUGACCCUCAGGUGUGGAUGGAGGCAGGCGCGCAGAUCUUCUUCUCCUACAGUGUUGGGGUGGGCUCUCUAAUUGUGCUGGGCAGCUACAACAAAAAUAAUAACAACUGCUACAGGGACUGCCUCUGGCUGUGUUUCCUGAACAGUGGUACCAGUGUGGUAGCUGGGUUCGCCGUGUUCUCUGUGCUGGGAUUCAUGGCCCAUCAGCAAGGCAUUCCCAUUGCAGAGGUGGCCGAGUCAGGUCCAGGCCUGGCAUUCAUCGCAUACCCUCAGGCGGUGGCCAUGAUGCCUCUGCCCCAACUCUGGUCCAUCUGUUUCUUUGUCAUGCUCAUCCUCUUGGGUCUGGACACACAAUUUGUCGCCAUGGAGGUGGUGAUGACGUCCAUCAUUGACAUGUUUCCCAGAGUUAUGCGACGGGCAGGACGCCGGGAGAGCUUCCUCCUGUUCUUCUGUCUGAUUUGCUUCUUCUUGCAACUCGUCAUGAUUACCGAAGGAGGGAUGUUUGUGUUCCAGCUGUUUGACUACUAUGCAUGUAAUGGAGCCUGCAUCCUCUUCCUCUGUGUGUUUGAAACUCUGUCAAUGGGCUGGGUGUUUGGGGCAGAUCGGUUGUACGGCAUCAUAGAGGAUAUGACGGGGGUGAAGGCCAACCCUUUCUUCAAAAUCUGCUGGCUUUACCUCACACCACUGGUCUCACUGGGAUCUUUCAUAUGUUCCUUAGUGGAGUAUCAGCCUUUGACCUUUAAUCGCUGGUAUGUCUACCCAUCCUGGGCUUACGUGUUGGGCUGGGUGCUGGCUCUGUCCUCCAUCCUGCUUGUACCUGGGUGGGCACUUUAUAAGAUGAUGACCGCAAGCGGCACACCUAGACAGCGCCUCCAGUACUUGUGCCGGCCUGCUCUAAGUGACUCAUCAACUCAAAUAAGAGGAGCUGAGCUGCAAAGCAAGGGUGUUGACCUGAUGCAGCCAUUCAUGGCCAACUGACAGCAGACUGAUGUACCUGGAACUCCUUAAAAUUACAAUUUAACAUGUUAACCAGCCUCACUUGUUGCUCUCCUGUGGCGUACAACAGCCACAAAUGAAAUGCGCUUCGCACCAUCACCUUUAGAAAUAACCCACGUUUUAACAGCACUGCCUCAAACGUGUUCAAAGUAACUCAGUUUGUUUUUUUGUUUUUUUUGUGCGUAUUCUUCUGAGAUUUCAUUCUGAACUUUCUUUUCAGAUAAUAUUAAUCUCCUGUGUCCAGUAUUUAACUAAUUCCGUUAUCGUUUUUUUUUUUUGAUGACUCAGACACAUAGCUUAGUCAAUGACAUGACUGGAAAGAGUACAAAGAUUAUGUACUCAAGUAAGAGUAAUAACACACUUAGCACCAACUAGUCUGAAUUUACUCUAAGACUUCACAUUACCUUUGACUGAGCCUCACUUCAAACAUCCUGAAAUAUUCACUUAAAUCUUAAGUUCUCUGAAUCUGAUCAUUUAAGGGCAACAUGAAAGGGGAAUUCUAUUUAAAGUCAGCAGAAACUUGCUUUAGUGCGUUUAAAAAAAACACAGAAUUGGGAUACAAUUAUGUAUACAUUUCAAUAACAGCAAAACAGUAUUCUUAUCUAUCAACAUAUUGUAUUUCUAUGUGUGAUUUAUUAGAGCCCACAAAGUUUUUCUUCAUGAGUAGCUGAGACACGCUGUAGAAAUAUACACAAAUACAUCAGAGAAACUUUUCACA